UUCAUUCACUUGUCUUUUGAAGGAAUUCUAGAUGACCUCUCAAGUCGUUUUAUCAUCAAUGUACCAGAGGCAGAGUUAUCUUCUGUAGAAAGGAUAUGUUUUCAAGUAGAGCAAGCACAUUGGUUUUAUGAAGAUUUCAUCCGUGAACUUAGACCGGAAUUGCCUUCAUUCCAACUCAAGACGUUUUCUGCAAGAAAUAUCCUUUUUUCGUUGUUUCACUGUCCGCUUUUACAUCAAUGGGCACACGAGCAUGAAAAAGCUUAUGCAGAUUUUAUGCAAUAUCGGUUUCGC